AUGAAUUCAUUAUUUCGUCGUUUAAUUGUUAAUACUCCAAAAUGUUCGUCAUUUUUCUUACGACGUCAUGUAGCUCAUUUUACAUUUUUCAAAGAUCAACCUGAUCCAUCUCAUGGUCCUACAAAAGAAAUGAAUCUAUGUCAAACAAUCCAAAAUACACUUGAUAUUACACUUGCCAAUGAUCUUACCGCUAUUAUAUUUGGUGAAGAUGUUGCAUUUGGCGGGGUUUUCCGGUGUACAACAGACUUACGAUCAAAAUAUGGUGCUGAUCGUGUGUUCAAUACACCAUUAUGUGAACAAGGUAUUGUUGGCUUUGGAAUAGGUGCCGCCGUCGCUGGAACAACAGCUAUUGCUGAAAUACAAUUUGCUGAUUAUAUUUUUCCUGCUUAUGAUCAAAUUGUAAAUGAAGCAUCAAAAUAUCGAUAUCGUUCACAGAAUUUAUUUAAUUGUGGUAAAUUAACUAUUCGUGCACCAUGGGGUGCUGUAGGACAUGGUGCAUUGUAUCAUUCACAAUCACCUGAAGCACAAUUUAUGCAUACGCCUGGUCUUAAAGUUGUCAUUCCGCGUAGUGCUAUUGAAGCUAAAGGUUUACUUCUAUCAUGUAUUAAAGAUGAAAAUCCAUGUAUAUUUUUUGAACCAAAAAUACUUUAUCGAUCAGCUAAAGAAGAUGUUCCUAUAAAAGAAUAUACAAUUCCAUUAUCAAAAGCUCAAAUAAUACAUGAAGGUUCUGAUGUAACACUUGUUUCAUGGGGUACACAAGUUCAUGUACUUCGAGAAGUUGCACAAAUGGCAGCAAAAGACAAUAUAUCAUGUGAAUUAAUUGAUUUACGAACUAUUCUACCAUGGGAUGUUGAUACCAUUUGUCAAUCAGUUAGUAAAACUGGAAGACUAUUAAUAAGUCAUGAAGCACCCAUAACUGGUGGAGUUGGAGCAGAAAUAGCGGCAACUGUUGCUAAAGAAUGUUUCUUAAAUCUUGAAGCACCGGUAGAACGUGUUUGUGGUUAUGACAUUCAUCCAAUUCCACAUAUUAUGUAUAUUAAAUUAUUUUUAUUAUUUAUUUCAUUUGUAAAUAGUGAUAUUCCACUUGAUAUUCCUAGUUUUUCAAUUGAUCUUGAUCUUAAUCCAAUUGAUCGAUGGUCAACUAUAAUACCAAAUUUUGCUCAACCUUUACAUGAAUUUAAUGAUGAAAUUCGUGCACAAAUUCCUAAAGUCUAUAUUGAUGUUGCUGAAAUAGUUGCUACUCGAUUAGAUAAUCAUAUACCUCAACCAUAUCAUGAUGAAUUUUACUCAAUAGCUCGAGCAAUAUCAAUGCCAUUAGCUGAUAUUGUUCUUAUUAAUCUUGUUUAUGAACUUCGUACAUUUUGUACAAGUUUACUUGUUCGUACAUUAAAUGGUACUAUUUUACAUGGUCGAAAUCUUGAUUUUGAUAUAAAUGCAGCUUUACUUCGUCGUUUAACAUUUCAUGGAAAAUUUUUUCGAACAUCUAAUUUAACAUUUCAAUAUGAAUCGAUUCAUUUUGCUGGUUCAAUUGGUUUAUUAACUAGUUUACGUCAAGGUUAUUUUAGUUUUAGUAUUAAUCAACGACAAAUAAGUAAUAAACAUUGGUGGAUGAAUGCAUUAAUGUCUAUUUUACAUUUACAUUCAAUGCCUUUAUUUAUUUUUACACGUUUUAUUUUUGAUAAUCCAUUUAUGUCCUAUAAAGAUAUGGUAUAUGCACUUGAAACUCAACAUUUAAUUGCACCUGUUUAUUUUAUUGUAACUGAUGGUCAUUCAUCAGGUAUGAUUAUAACACGUAAUCGUUUAAAUUCAAUUUAUCCUAUUGAAUUAAAUUCUACACUUGUACAAACAAACUAUGAUCAUUGGUUAGAUGAUCCAUUACAAGAUCUAAGACGAACAACAGCAGAAAAUAUUCUUCAAACAUUUAAUUUAACACAAAUGACAACAAAUAAUAUUUUUAAUAUUGUUUUAUCUGUUAUACCGGUGCUUAAUAGAAUUACAAUUUAUACAGCUAUUAUGAAUCCUGGUGAAAAACAAGAGAUAUUUGCAAAAAUUCGUACAUUAAAAUAA